AGUCAGAGUCAAACUAGAAAACCCUUCCUUGUCGUUAAACCCUACUCCUCUUCUAAAGAGAGCUGCUUCUUCCUAGAAACCUCUCUUUUUCUUUAGGGGAUUCUCGUGAGGAGUUUUGACCCAUCGAAGAACUGUCAAGAACCGAACCUAGACCCCAAAUUUCUCAUAAAUCUACCUUUCUCUUCCAUAAAAACCGUACCUUUCUCCUUAAACAAUCUUCUACUCUUCGUUUUCUGUAUAAAGAUCUUCACUUUUUAUCUCUCUAAGCAAAACAAACAUCAAUAAUGGAUGACUCGAACGAUCAGAAAUACUACACAUAUCAUCCAUAUCAAGAUCUCUAUAACGUACCAGCUCAAAGUUUAUACAAGUUACCCACAUCGCCCGAGUUCCUUUUUCAAGAAGAAGCUGUUCAUCAACGCCGCAGCUGGAGCGAAAAUCUUCAAUAUUAUACUGGAACCGGCUACUUAUCAGGAGCGAUUGCCGGCGGGAUUAAGGGCUCAUGGGAAGGUAUUCGCACCGCCGAGCCUGGGGACUCUAUGAAAUUGCGGGUCAAUAGGAUUCUCAAUUCUGGUGGACAUGCUGGUCGAAAGUUUGGGAACAAUUUGGGAGUUUUGGGGCUUAUGUUCGCUGGGCUUGAAAGCGCUUUGAUUCAUUAUAGAGAUACUGAUGACUUGGUCAAUACGGUUCUUGCGGGUCUCGGGACUGGAGCGAUUUAUCGUGCGGCUAGGGGUCCCAGAUCAGCGGCUAUUGCUGGGGCUAUUGGAGGGAUCGCGGCCGCGGCAGCUGUUUCCGGAAAGCAGGUGGUUAAGAGAUAUGUGCCCAUUUGAAAAUUGAAAGUUUUCUUUCUGGGGGUUUUGUUGGGAGGGGAAGUUGUUUCGGGAGGUAAAGGAUUUGCGAGGUGUCUCGCUUGGUAAUGUUAGGUAAUUGAAUUUAAUAGAUUUUGCUAUAAAUUGGAUUGGUAAUAGUAACGAGUAUUUUGUUUCAUAAUCCAAUCUGCCGACUUGCCGUUUCUUCAUGUCCUGUUUGAUAGGAAUUUUGGGUUCUUAUUAUUUUCCAUUUACUGAAUUGAUUGUUUAUAGGAAAGCCCCUGAAAGAUGUUUAGGGAUUGAAAUAACUAUUGAUUAUGUUGGUGAUAUUAUAUUUGCUUCUAUGGUCUUUUGGUGUAAGAUGUGAUUAUUGCUAGUAAGCAUUAUUGUUAUCUUGCCA